AUGUUUUACUUGGUGUCUACUAUUCUUCUUGUUCUGUUGCCGUGCGCAGCCGUGGCCUUUCUGACGUCGCGACCGCGAGACUUUCCUCGAAACGUUCCCGUCAUUCCACUUUGGCUGCAGGCACACAAUCAGAUCUUUCGAAAAUCUCGAAUCGCCUUUUAUAACACCAAAGUGCGCCCGCAGGCGGAAAAGCAUGGCGCCGUGGCUGUCUGGCAGGGAAACUGCUGGAGCAUCGUCCUCUCACGCCCUGACUACUUGGCGCAAGUCUUUAAGGAUUCAAACAAAGACGUGGAAAAAAGCGGGAUAUGGUCACGGGUUCCUCGCAGCAAUGGUGGCUUACUAUUCGGAGAGAACAUCAUAGACUCUAAUGGUGAACUCCAUGCUGAUUUCUGCAAUAUCCUGAAACCAGCUUUAUUGCAACGGUUUGCAAUCGAUUUCAUGAGAUCUGAGUCUUCUUCCCUUGCGAAUAGGCUUCACGACGCGCAGCAACUGGACGUUUCCAAUGUGGGAAUAUCCAUUGACUCCUUGAUCUGGCGCUGGGCCGUCACCAUUUACUCACAUUACUUCAUGGAUAUAGACGAGUGGCCUCUGUCUUUUGAACAAACGUCGGCACAAAAAAUAACUGCCCUCCAAAGCUCGAGUUGGAUGGCAAGAGCAAUGGUCAUCUUCAAUGUGACUUUCUCUUUACCCUGGCGGCCAGCUAGUUACAGGAAGGCGGCGGCUGUAAUCCAGCAGCUGGAGGACACUCUAGUCGAUAUUGCUGAGAGCCGCAUUUUUCCAGCAUCUGGUACGAGUGAGCUGAAGAUGGUCCAUCAUUUGGUUCGCGCACGCCACUCUGGAAAGCUAUCCGACUUUCAUUAUCGGUCUAAUCUCAAGCAGCUUCUUGUAGCCGGCCACGAGAAUGUUGAAGCAGCGUUGCAAUCAGCCAUGUUCAAUCUCGCCGUCCAUGUCGAUAUUCAAGAACAGCUGCACAGUGAAGUCAUGAACAUGCUGCCGUCAGACUACACCUCUGGGGAUAUUGACCGUCUCCCGCUGCUUGCCGCCGUCAUUUAUGAGACUCUGCGGCUCUACCCUCCUUUGGGGACCCUGACGAACCGCAGGACUGUGAAGCCGAUGCAACUUGGCUCCGAAAUAUUGUUACCCGCAGGGACUAUGGUGGGAUGGAACGUUCUUGGCGUUCAAACCGAUCCGCAGGUCUGGGGAGAGUCUGCAAGAGAAUUCGAUCCUUUCAGAUGGGGCCAUGACAUUGAUAGUAUCAAGAGCAUGGCUCGCUCGAGCCAAGCGCGCGGCCGUUUCGUGCCCUUCAGUCUACACAGUCGCAGAUGUUUGGGCAGCACUUUUGCACUAUUGGAGCUCAAAGUGCAGAGAGAUGUUGCACCAGAAGUUGAGAAGCUGUGCUAA